ACGCUCUCCACGUCACGUGGCGCACAUAUAGAGACAGAAGUGCUACUCCGGGCUGAAGAGAAGAUCCUAUACCAACACUCAGAUAGCAAGAUGUCGGUGGUUUGUGUCGCUUUAAGUCGGAAUGUUUUAUCUGUGAGGAGCCCUGGGAUGAUGGUGAUGGUGCGGCACGCUCAGACUGCGGCCGCUCCAGCUCCUGAACCCAGGAUCAAGAAGUUCCAGAUUUACCGCUGGGACCCUGACACCGCUGGAGACAAACCACGAAUGCAGACAUAUGACAUUGAUCUCAACACCUGUGGUCCAAUGGUUCUGGAUGCCCUCAUCAAGAUCAAGAAUGAGAUUGACCCCACACUCACAUUCAGACGCUCCUGCCGCGAGGGAAUCUGCGGCUCGUGUGCCAUGAACAUCAAUGGAGGCAACACACUGGCAUGCCUUAACAAAAUUGACGCCAACACAAGCAAACCUACCAAAAUCUACCCGCUCCCACACAUGUAUGUGGUCAAGGAUCUGGUGCCUGACAUGAGCAACUUCUAUGCACAGUACAAGUCCAUUGAGCCUUACCUGAAAAAGAAGGAUGAAGCUCAAGAAGGGAAGGAGCAGUAUUUCCAGUCAGUGGAGGACAGGCAAAAACUGGACGGCUUGUACGAGUGCAUCCUCUGUGCUUGCUGCAGCACCAGCUGUCCCAGCUACUGGUGGAACGGAGACAAAUAUCUGGGACCUGCUGUGUUAAUGCAGGCAUACCGGUGGAUGAUUGACUCCCGUGAUGAAUUCACUGAGGAACGUCUGUCUAAACUUCAGGACCCCUUCUCUCUCUACCGCUGCCACACUAUCAUGAAUUGCACUAAGACCUGCCCCAAGGGGCUCAACCCGGGGAAGGCCAUCGCAGAGAUUAAGAAGAUGAUGGCAACAUAUAAAGAGAAGAAAGCAGCAGCUACAUGAACAUCUGAAAAUCCUACUGGCUCAAGAUCCAUUAAUAAAAAUAAUAACACCUCAAACUGA